AUAUGUAGAUUUUCUUAUUUGACACUUCAUCAAUUAAACAGCUGCAAUUCGAUGUUAUUACUACAAAAACAAAUACAAGUGUCGAUUUGACAGUUAUAAUCGCACACAUUUCAUUGUGCAAUCAAAGAAACUGGAAAAAUUGCAAAAAUCUCUUGCACGUGUCGUUCCGGUAGGCAGACAACAAGUUUGAAGCAGUGUAGUUAAUUGUUAUUAUUCUCAUUGGAAGGAAAACUAAAUUAUUAAUUGAAGAAAGUAUGUUUCUGCAACAAUUCACCCGCGCAUUCCACACAUCGCGUAUAGCGUUAGCCAGUGUAGAGAAGAGCGCUUUGUCAGCACUACGCAAAAAGACAGGCUACACAUUCGCCAAUUGCAAGAAAGCUCUGGAAAAGCAUAAUAAUGACAUCAAUUUGGCCGAAAAAUGGUUGAACGAACAAGCUCAAAGUCUGGGUUGGUCAAAGGCCACGAAACUUGCAGAACGCGCAACAGCUCAGGGUUUAGUUGGUGUGCUCAUUCAUGGCAACAUCGGUGCUAUGGUAGAGGUCAACUGUGAAACGGAUUUUGUUGCACGGAAUGAGCAUUUCAAGAACUUUGUCGAUCACGUGUCUCGCAUUUGCGCCAAGUACACUGAAACUACUGAUUUUGAUGGAGAUCUGUGGAAGCUUGGAUUCGAGGCUGAAGCGCUAAAGAACCUCCGUAUGGCUGAUGGCAAAACACUAGGAGACCACUUGGCAUUGCUUAUUGGUACUGUGGGUGAAAACGCAUCAAUCAAACGUGCGAUAUGCUUCAAAACGAGCAAUGAUCUGCAGUUAGCCGGGUAUGCUCAUCCGACAUCUACAAAUGUAGCUGCAGCUGAGAACACUACGCAAAUUGGGAAAUACGGCACAAUUGUAGCGUUCCGUGGUUCUGCAACAGAUGAAGAAUUACAAAAAAAUCUUUGCCAGCAUAUUGUUGGCCUUAACCCAUUGAAAAUUGGAGAAGAAGGAAAAGAUAAACCAGUGGCGAAUAAAGAUGACGAGACAUGUCUCAUACAUCAGGAGUACUUGCUUGAUCCCGAACGCACAGUGAACGAAGUCCUGAAGGAAAAUAACGUGACAAUCAUUGAUUAUCAACGAUACGAAUGCGGUGAGGCAACAAAAAAUGAGCUGUUGGAACAGGCUGAAUUAAGUAAUUAAUUCUUGUGCUUGCGAAUAUAUAAUAUUAUAUAAUCCAUGCAUUAUUGUUGUUUUUAUAACUUAGUCAUUUGCGAAAUUCUAAAUUCAAAUGAAUAGAAGUAAAUGUAAUAAAUAAAAAAGCAUAAUU